CAAUCCUUGACUCGUUUAUCGGAGACCGUACACGGGUGCAAUUCACCUGCCGCUGGAAAGGACACGUUUGGCGCACCUGGGGAAGGAGAUAUUAUAACGACACAUCGGGAGCUCGAGGCUGCGGCCCGAAGUUAGGACAAUAUGGACAAGAAGCAUGAGGACGUCGCCAUGGUGGCGCAAAUUGACAAGACUUCGGUGUUCCAAGAAGCGCGAGUAUUCAAUCAGAGUCCAAUCUCACCGCGGAAAUGCAGAGUGAUAUUGACCAAACUUGCGUUGUUGCUCUUUACAGGGGAAAGUUGGGCGAGACCGGAAGCCACAACAUUAUUCUUUGGAAUCUCCAAGCUUUUCCAGAACAAAGAUGCAUCCCUCCGCCAGAUGGUCUACCUAGUCAUUAAGGAGCUUGCCAGCUCCGCAGACGACGUAAUUAUGGUGACUUCGUCCAUAAUGAAGGACACAGCCGUUGGAAGCGACGUUGUCUAUCGACCGAAUGCCAUCCGCGCCCUCUGCCGUGUUAUCGACGCCUCCACCGUACAAGCGAUUGAACGUCUUGUCAAACCCUGUAUCGUUGAUAAGAACCCCUCGGUUGCCUCCGCCGCAUUGGUUUCUUCAUAUCACCUUCUUCCGGUUGCGAAAGAUGUUGUCAGGAGAUGGCAAUCAGAGGCCGUCGAGGCUGCUUCAGGCAGCAAGGGAGGUGGUGGAUUCUUGGGUGGUUUUGGUGGCAGCUCACACUCGACCCUUCAGGCGAGCACCAACUACAUGACCCAGUAUCAUGCCAUUGGACUGCUCUACCAGAUGCGCGCUGGUGACAGGAUGAGCUUGGUCAAGAUGGUCCAGCAGUAUUCCGCAGCCGGAGUUGUCAAGAGCCCAGCAGCUACUGUUCUUCUGGUUCGGUUGGCCGCUAAGCUCGCUGAAGAGGAUCCCAAUCUGCGGAAGCCCAUGAUGCAACUUUUGGAUGGCUGGCUUCGUCAUAAGUCUGAGAUGGUCAACUUCGAAGCGGCCAAGGCUAUUUGCGAUAUGCGGGAUGUCACCAAUGCGGAGCUCGUACAAGCAGUCCAUACCCUUCAACUCUUCCUUACUUCUCCACGCGCCGUUACCAAGUUUGCUGCUCUUAGGAUUCUGUCCACCAUGGCAUCAUCCAAGCCAGAUGCGGUUCGGCCAUGCAACCAGGACAUUGAAGCUCUCAUUACGAACUCGAACCGCAGCAUCGCCACCUUUGCUAUCACGACACUGCUGAAGACAGGAAACGAGUCAUCAGUUGACAGACUUAUGAAACAAAUUACCGGAUUUAUGGCCGAAAUUACAGAUGAGUUCAAGGUGACCAUUGUGGAAGCUGUUCGAACGCUGGCUUUGAAGUUCAAAUCCAAGCAAUCUGGGUUCCUUGCUUUCUUGAGCGGCAUCCUGCGGGACGAGGGUGGCUACGAGUUCAAGCGAGCCGUGGUUGAAGCAAUCAUGGACCUCAUCAGAUUUGUGCCUGAGGCUAAGGAGGAUGCGCUGGCCACCCUUUGCGAAUUUAUCGAGGACUGUGAGUUUACAAAGCUGGCAGUUCGAAUUCUGUUCGUUCUUGGAAGAGAGGGCCCAUCCACCCCGCACCCUACAAAAUACAUCAGGUAUAUCUACAAUCGGGUAGUAUUGGAGAACGCCAUCGUGAGAGCUGCAGCCACUUCCGCUUUGGCCAAGUUCGGUGUUGGACAAAAGGAUCCUGAAAUAAAGAAGUCUGUACACGUCUUGCUUACCCGUUGUCUCGAUGAUGUGGACGACGAAGUCCGAGAUCGCGCGGCACUGAAUCUGCGGUUGAUGGACCAGGACGACGAGUUAGCUGCCAGUUUCAUUCGCAAUGAUUCGGUGUUCUCGUUACCUGUGCUCGAGCACCAACUCGCCAUGUACGUGAGCUCGGAUUCGAGGGACACAUUCGAACAACCGUUCGACAUCUCGAAGAUUCCCACGGUUUCGAGAGAACAGGCCGAUGCAGAAGAUCUCACCAAGAAGACCGCCACCACGACGCCGACGAUUAAAGCACCAAGCGCAGGACCAAAGCCAUCGACAACAGGUGCCGACGCAGCGGCUUCCGCAACCGCAGCGGCUCAGAAAUAUGCAGCGGAACUCCAGAAGAUUCCCGAGCUCGCAGCAUAUGGUGGCGUGCUCAAGUCGAGCGCUGUUGUUGAACUCACUGAGUCCGAAACCGAAUACGUGGUUUCGGCAGUCAAGCACAUCUUCAAAGACCACGUUGUCAUCCAGUACGACAUCAAGAACACCCUGCCUGAUACAGUGCUGCUAGACGUACAGAUGGUGGUUACCCCUGAGGAUGAUGGCGACGUCCAGCUAGAGGAAGAGUUCAUCAUCCCAGCGCCUCAGCUCAAAACCAACGAACCCGGCACCGUCUAUGUGUCCUUCAAGCGAUUGGAGACAGAAUCGCAAUACAUCGCCACUUCCUUUACGAACGUGCUCAAAUUCACCAGCAAAGAGAUUGAUCCAAGCACGAACGAGCCUGAAGAGGGUGACGGAUAUGAGGAUGAGUACCAGGUGGAAGACCUUGACCUCAAUGGUGCGGAUUAUGUGGUGCCGGCUUAUGCGGGUAGCUUCGACAACGUGUGGGAGCAGGCGAAGGGGGAUUCGGCGGUUGAAACGCUGCAGUUGAGCAAUAUCAAGAGUAUAGCUGAUGCAACGGAACAGCUUACAAAGACGCUGUCGCUGCAACCGCUUGACGGCACGGACAUUGCGCUCUCCACAUCGACGCACACGCUCAAGCUGUACGGCAAGACCAUCACAGGCGGCAAGGUAGCAGCACUGGUGCGCAUGGCGUACAGCGCAAAGACGGGCAUCACCAUGAAGAUCGAGACCAGGAGCGAGGAGGAGGGCGUAGCCGCAUUGAUCGUCGGCAGCGUAGCGUAAGGGGUUUAGCUGAGAUUAUACGAGGGAGCCUACGUAUUACAUAGAUCGUGGGUUUUGGAGCGUGCGGUCAUGACCCCUUUUUUGUCAUCCAGGCGAGUUGGCGUGGCGCUUUGAGCUAGCCGAAUAUCUAUAUGAUGGUGCGUGCCGGUUGAAAAGUAGAGCGACAGUGUAUGAGGAAUGAUUGAUAUUGAAGUGAAUCCAUAACCUCCU